UGGAGGAGCUUCAAGGGCUUUUCCAACCAAGAUGAUUCUGUUAUUCUCCUGCACCCGAGCUGCAGGUCCUAAGCUUGUGGGGAGGAGGACAUCGAGGCAGAGAGCGGUAGUGGCGCUCCCAGCAAGCUCGGUGGAGCAGCAAGCAGCGAGCCCCUCUCUGCUUGAAAGGUUGUCCCCCAGGACCAUGCUGAACAUCCUGCUGCUGUGCUGCGGGCUGCUGCAGGGGAUCCAGGCCAUCCUCACUGCCGACCUCAGCUGCGGCCCCCUGCAGAAGGUGAGCGGUGGGCUUGAGGGGACGGACAGAGCCCGCUACUCCAGCCUGCUACAGAAAGUCAAGGAGGUGUCUGCGGAGCCAGCAGGAGCUCUCCCCAGGCUGGGGUUUGAGCAGAUGGCCCUGGAGGUCCAAGAAGCUAACAGUGACCUCAUGCAGAGAGGCGGUGCGCUGGAACCUCAGGCAUCGUCCACAGAACUGCAAGCUGCGGGCCGCGAAGAGCGCUCCCCCCGCCGCUGUGUCCGUCUCCUGGAGUCCUGCCUCGGGCAUCAGGUCCCCUGCUGUGACCCGUGUGCCACCUGCUACUGCCGGUUCUUCAAUGCUUUUUGCUACUGCAGAAAAAUCAGCACCAGUUUCCCCUGUGGCAAGAACUAGCACCCGUGCCACAGGGCUGCCUGCUCCUUGCCCAUGCGUGCUGCCUUGUCCUCUGCAGCUCUAAUAAACCAGUCGUUAGCAAAAGCUGUUGCUGAACGGGAAUGGUUCAAUGUGUCUGCUUGGGAUCUUGGGGGAG